UAAAUUACUAUCGCCAUUGCACAUGUUGAGUUUGUUUUGAUAUAUGUUUUAAGCAUUUAAUUAAUUAAACUAAGUUUAAAAUGGCCUAUGUUGCACUGAGCGAGGCUGAGAAAACCUAUAUACUACACGGCGUGGAGGACGACUUUCGCUGCGAUGGACGUUCUCGCCGGGAUUACCGGCCCAUGGAGCUGGAGACCGGACUGGUGAGCAAUGCUAGUGGCUCCGCCCGCCUGCGGCUGGCCAACACAGACAUCCUGGUGGGCGUGAAAACCGAGAUCGAUGUGCCAAAUCCUCUCACGCCUGAAUUUGGCAAACUGGAGUUCUUUGUGGAUUGUUCCGCCAAUGCCACGCCAGAGUUUGAGGGUCGCGGAGGCUCGGAUCUGGCCCAGGAACUGGUGUUGUCCCUACAGAACGCCUACGAAUCGCCGCUGGCCUUUGACUACCGCACCUUGUGCCUCAUUCCGGGUCAGCAGUGCUGGAAGCUUUACAUAGACAUCUUGAUUCUGGAGUGCGGCGGCAAUCUUCAUGACGCCGUUUCCUUGGCCGCCAAAGCAGCCUUGUUCAACACCAAGUUGCCCAGGGUGACGGCCACGCUUUUGGAUGCCGGCAUUACAGACCUCAUCAUAUCCGACAAUCCAUACGACUGCACCCGCAUCGGCAUUGAGACUGUUCCGCUUUUGGUCACCGUUUGCAAGAUCGGCGACUACAGCCUUGUGGAUCCUUCGGCGGAGGAGGAGGUCUGCAGCACAGUCAGCGUAGUGGUUUCCGUUUCCAUGCGCAAUUGCGAACCAUACCUUUCGGGUACCCAUUUAACGGGCGGUGGGGCCAUGCACCGCGACACCAUGCGCAACUGCCUCCAGCUGGGCCUGUCCAUAGGCGAGCACCUGGAUAAACUGCUAAUCAAAAUGCUGAAGCAAGAGCAGGAGCGCGUUGGUCCCAAGCGACCGCAGAUUGUUGGAUUUCUCAAAUAAAGCGGCUUUGGCUUAUAAUGAAAAUUUACUAUUUA